GUGGAGCUCUGUCUUCAACUGAAGAAGAGGGUAUAGGAGGGCCACAAACCAUCAUUCUCUCAUUAUCUCUUUGGCCUUAUCGCUCCUUCCAGCUCUGUUUAUUCUCUCUUUCUCUUUCUCUUUCUCUCCACCCCCCCCCACCUCUAUCGUCUCUCAUCUGUCACUACACACAGUGAAAAGUUUUCCGAAGCUCCUUGUCUUGUUUCCGAAGGUCUUGUUAGAGCAGCAAAGCCUCUGUGGAAUAUCAUAACUCCGUGUUCUGAAAUUUUUAUCAAAAGGAAAUGCUGAGGCACAAUCUUGCUUCCGAGGAGGAGGAAGCACAGAUCGACUUGUCGGUCCUCGUCAGUGCAGAAGGGAAAGGCUCUCGUCGUGACAUUUUGAGAGCGGCUCUCUUGAACUGAGGCUUGAUCUCAGUGCCUGCCUCAGUACAGAAGUGUGACGGGAGUAAACGUCCGGCCCCAGAAGGAUGCCCAGGUGGGGCGGGACGGCAUGCGGAGGAAGGACUGGCACGACUACGAGGCAAUCAGGAGAGAUGCUGCUCGCUCUGGUAACGGGGAGCAGGGUAAGCCCUUUCCUCUGACGGACACUGACCGGGUGGACCAGGCCUACAGGGAGAAUGGGUUCAACAUCUAUGUCAGCGAUAGGAUCUCCCUCAACCGCUCUGUCGCAGACAUCCGACACCCAAACUGUAAACAGAAGCUGUAUGGAGAGAAGUUGCCCAACACCAGCAUCAUCAUCCCAUUCCACAACGAAGGUUGGUCGUCCCUGCUCAGGACAGUACACAGCGUGCUCAACCGCUCUCCCCCUGAGCUCAUCGCUGAGGUCAUACUGGUGGACGACUUCAGUGACAAAGAGCACCUAAAGGGGUCUCUGGAGGAGUACAUGGUGCGGCUGCCCAAGGUGAGGAUCCUGCGCACCAAGAAGAGGGAGGGUCUCAUCAGGACCCGCCUGCUGGGGGCGGCGGCGGCCAAUGGAGAGGUCAUCACCUUCCUGGACUCCCACUGUGAAGCCAACAUCAACUGGCUGCCCCCGCUGCUGGACCGUAUCGCCGAAAACAGGAAGUCCAUCGUGUGUCCGAUGAUCGACGUGAUCGACCACGACAACUUUGGCUACGAGACGCAGGCGGGCGAUGCCAUGCGAGGGGCGUUUGACUGGGAGAUGUACUACAAACGCAUCCCCAUCCCCUCGGAGCUGACAAAAGAGGACUCUAGCGAACCCUUCGAGUCUCCUGUGAUGGCUGGCGGACUCUUUGCCGUGGACAGGAAGUGGUUCUGGGAGUUGGGAGGAUAUGACACGGGACUGGAGAUCUGGGGAGGAGAGCAGUACGAAAUCUCUUUCAAGGUGUGGAUGUGUGGCGGCCGUAUGGAGGACAUCCCGUGCUCCAGGGUGGGUCACAUCUACAGGAAGUACGUCCCCUACAAGGUCCCUGGCGGGGUCAGCCUGGCUAGGAACCUGAAGCGAGUGGCCGAGGUAUGGAUGGAUGAAUAUGCAGAGUACAUCUACCAGCGGAGGCCAGAGUACAGGCACCUGUCAGCAGGAGACAUGACAGUGCAGAAGGACCUGAGGAACAGCCUCAACUGUAAGAGCUUCAAAUGGUUCAUGACAGAGGUGGCCUGGGACCUACCCAAGCACUACCCACCUGUGGAGCCCCCUGCUGCCGCCUGGGGAGAGCUGCGCAACACAGGCAGUGGCAUGUGCAUGGAGAGCAAACACUUUUCGUCUGGGUCGCCCGUCCGCCUGGAGACAUGUCUGAAGGGGCGGGGUGAGGCCGGGUGGAGCCAUGGACAGGUGUUCACGUUUGGCUGGCGGGAGGACAUCCGGGUGGGGGGCCCCAUGCACACAAAAAAGGUCUGCUUCGAUGCCAUCUCUCACAACAGCCCUGUCACCCUGUACGACUGCCACGGCUUGAAGGGUAACCAGCUGUGGCGCUACAGGAAGGAUAAAAGUUUAUACCACCCCAUCAGUAACAGCUGUAUCGACAGCAACCCCACAGAGAGGAAGGUGUUCAUGAACACGUGUGACCCCAGCGUCCCCAGCCAGCAGUGGGUGUUUGAGAAGACCAACACCACCAUCCUGGAGACGUUCAACCGCAAUAGCAACUGACACCUGUAGGGGUCAGCACUGAACCUGAAUACCACUCACUCUGGAACUGUGUUCUUUCACUAAGACAGAAGUGGGAUGUUGUUACUCUAAAGGGGUCAAGGGUGGAAGGAAGUGAAGGGGGGUCAGGGGGAAGCAUUAGCAUGGGCAAGCCAGUCUAGAUGCAUCAGUUAUUGGGCGAUGGAGAAGAGUUGGUGCCUGAGAGGUUCUCUCUGUGGUUGAAAGACUGGUUUUUCGAUGCGGUGAUGGUGUCUUCCUGCGUUAGGGGGAUUAGGUCUGUCACAGCACGGUCAUUCUGGCGGUGGUCCAUCUCAUUUCUGCUUCUCUGUGCCUCUCCCAAACGACUCUGCCCAUACGUCCGUCUCCAUCACCCCGUGUGAGUGUGUCUCUUGCUCAGUCACUUUCCCUCCAUUCCCCUCAUGUGCCGCCCCUGCUCUGACAGCCCCCCCUGAGACUCCCGCUGAGCCAAGCCCAAACUGACACACUGUGAAGCCGGCCAGACCCAACCACUCUGAAAAGCACCUUGUGUUGAUUCGUGUUUUUGUUUUCUUGUUAUGCUCACUUGGCUAGCUUUUUCUCUUUCUUGGUUUCCCCUUUAUAGCAUUGAUCGAAAGUGGAAUUGCGCAACAUCUGUUCAAAUGAAGAGGGGUAAGAAAAACCUCAUCUUUUAGGACGUGUAUUUUCUUUUAGCUCUGAAUGAAUAAUACUUUAGUAGCAGCACUUUGUCUCAGCACUCUUAUCUAUUCGAAGGACUGUGAUUUGAUGCCAAUGAUUUGUCCUUAGAGGGAACAUGUAAGGACUACUAUCAUCAGUUUAUUUUUUAUUUUUGUCCCAUCACCUGAACAGAGGCUCCCGCUGCCUUCUGGGAUGAACCCCAGCACUCUCUGGAAUGACUUCAUCAUGAAACACAUGGAGGUCAGCAGCAUUGAGACACUGAGACAGACCAUGCUGGUUUCUCAAACGCAUCAGGAGUGACUCUAGACUGGUUUGCCCGG